CUCUCUUCCUUCAUCUCUACAAGCUCUUCUCAUGGCGACGGCGUUUCUCCUCUGGCCUGCAGCACCCUCCUCCUCGCCGGAGAGGUCUCACAUCCCCGACCAGGAACCUGAUCCUGGGCAGGAUCCAACCCCACUGCCGAUCGCCAAGCCAAAGGCCCGCAAGGCCGGAGGAAAGCAGCCAGCUCCUAAGCGCCCCCCUCAACGUGGUCUCGGGGUGGCCCAGCUCGAACGCCUUCGUCUCCAGGAACGCUGGAGCAAGAUCACCGAUCCGGAGUUCCAUCCCUCGCCUCCACAGCUUCCGCCAUACUCUCCCCCCGCACCUAACUUUGACGGCGUUCCCCCUGUCUGGAAUGAUCACCCACCGGGAUCUCCGGGUUACUGUUACAUCCAACGUUACCGGGCCCUCAACCCAGUGAUCCCACCGUAUGGGUCGCUCCCGACCGGCCGAUCGGUGCUUCACGACCAGUAUGCCAUGGAUCGGAUCCGCUUCUCAGGCAGCGGUCUCCAGGCCGCAAGCCCUCCUUCGGUAAUAGAGCCCCCUUCAAACCAAAUGCCGCAAUGCCUCUCAUCUCAUUGCGAGUUAUGCACUCGAAAUCAGUUCUCCGGUGAGGAUCACGGCGCUGCUGCUAAGGUUGUUCACCAGGAAACAGAGCCGGACACAACUAGUACGAGAGAGAUGGAGUACUAUGAGUUCCUUCCGCAUUGUGGCGGCGUCUCGCAUGGAGAUUCGGAGUUUGCUCAUCGGACGGCUGAAGAUGGAUCUUCUUCCUCUCCGGACUUCAUUGACUUAUCACUAAAGCUCUCUUUUUAAAUAUAUAUAUAUAUAUA